GCAGCCUCAGGGCAGUUUAUUAAUUUCUCUAAGUCUGCAAUCUGUUUUAGCCCAAAUACAGGCGCCACGGAACGAGGUAUCAUUUGUGCCACUCUCGGGAUUAUGGAGAAAGAUAACUUAGGGCGGUAUCUUGGUCUUCCUGCCGCCAUAGGACGGAAUAAAAGAGAGGUUCUAAGAACCCAAGACGACCGGAUAUUCAAUGGGUUUCGGAUAUCAUAAAGGAUGGUGCUUGGGAUUGGCAAAAAAUAGAUGAACUUUUCGAGGCUAGGGACUGCCGGCUUAUUCAGUCCAUUCCACUCGUGGAAACUUCUCAUGUGGAUAAACAAAUUUGGGCUUGGAACCAAUCAGGUCUCUACAGUGUAAAGAGCGCAUAUCGGAUGCUUACAUGGGAUCAAAAUCUAGCAGCGGGCAGUGUGAUUUCAUCUGUUUGGCGGAAGUUAUGGCAGGUACGCACUCUACCUACUGUCCGAAAUCUAAUUUGGAGGGCUGCUAAUGAUAUUCUGCCUGUGCUCAAGUCUCUGGCGAAGAAAGGACUCCCGGUCCAGACUGUGUGCACUUUGUCAAGAAGAGGAGGAGACAGUUUUCCACCUUUUCAUAAGCUGUCAGUUUGCAAAACAAGUGUGGAUGGCUUCUGAUCUUGGCUGGUACACACCUAAUGUCUCUAAUUUUAUAGCCUGGCUUGAGAAGCUUUUUAAUCUUUUUAAUCAACAAGACCAGGCCCUUGCACUACACAUUCUUUGGAUGAUUUGGGGUGCUCGUAAUGCUAAGGUAUGGCAGGCAGUGCAACCUACUCCUGUGGGUACAUGGCUUAAAGCGAAGAGGAACUUUGAUGAUUGGUGGCUUAUGGCCAAGCCGCAAUUAACGACGGAUCUGCAGAGUAGUGGAAGACGCAUGUGGGUGCCACCACAGCUAGGUUUCAUAAAGGUCAAUGUUGACGCGUCCACGGGUUUGGUUGAUGGAGUGGUGGGAAUGGGCUUUAUUGCUCGCAAUGACGUUGGAGGCUUCAUGGCGGCAAAGAAUAUGACCAUUAGAUGUAAUUGUGGUCCAAGGGAAGCAGAGGCAUUGUCGGUAAAAGAAGCUCUUAGUUGGAUUAAAUCGAGAGGAUGGACACACAUGGAGGUUGAGACAGAUUGUAAAGACGUUGCAGAUGGGCUCAAUAAUUCAUCACAAGAUUGGUCUUAUUUCUCUUCAAUUAUUGAUGCUUGUAAAACUCUUGUUGUCUCAUGUAGGGGAGUUUUUUACUUCCAGUUUGUAUAUCGCUCUGCUAAUGAGGCAGCACAUGUAUUGGCGCGAGCUUCUCAUUCUUCUCAGAGCUUGGGUGAAUGGGUUCAUUUACCCCCAGAUUUCAUCGUUCCAUUAAUUUAAUGCAAUCUUUGGUUUUCAAAAAAAAAAAUUAUUGGUUAUAAUAAAAAACAAGUUCAAGAAGUCAAGUCAAUGUGUAAUUAAAGUGCGAAGCAUUGCUUCUAAACUUCUACUAUGCACUUUCAAAAUUAAAUAUGCAAAACAAUU